GACCAAAAGUACAAUAAAUUCCCAAAGGGGAAGUUUAUACAAACGUAGGGUUACUCAAGGGACUAUUUAUGCAGUUCCUUCAAGAUUCCCUGCGAUUUCAUACGAGCAAAGAGCCACAACAUCAUCCAGCCGUCCAUUUUUCUCUACCCCACCUCCCCAUCCAACGGUAGAUAAACGUCCCACGUCACAUUUUUCUUAUCAUGAAACAAACAGCUCUCAUUCCACCACGUGUCACAGUCGAUGCGUUAUUACUACCUCGAUCCGACGACCGUCGUACUUUUUCUCACAACUCAACGCUUCUUACAGACCCCAAGCUUCCCGGAGCUCCGGCGUACUCAUCACAGCCGGAGGAUUACUUGAGCUUCGCGCCAAAUACUCCGAAUUAUCCUUUGAAAAGAUUAGAUAUUCAACCCUAUGGCGGAUUCGGAUAACGAAUCAGGAGGUCACAACGCCGGCGGCGAGUUAUCGGCGAGGGAGCAGGACAGGUUCCUGCCGAUUGCAAACGUGAGCCGGAUCAUGAAGAAAGCGUUACCGGCAAACGCGAAGAUCUCGAAGGAUGCAAAGGAAACGGUGCAGGAGUGCGUAUCGGAGUUCAUCAGUUUCAUCACCGGAGAAGCAUCCGAUAAGUGCCAAAGGGAGAAGAGGAAGACAAUCAACGGCGACGACUUGCUGUGGGCGAUGACGACGUUAGGUUUUGAAGAGUACGUGGAGCCUCUGAAGGUGUAUUUGGCAAAGUACAGGGAGAUAGAAGGGGAGAAGACGACGUUGGGAAGACAAGGCGAGAAGGAUGGGUCAUCGGGAGGCGGUGGUGAUGCGGCUGCUGGCGGUGGAGGGAGUGGUGGCGGUGUGAAUUCGGGUGGGUAUAAUGACAGCGGUGGAGGGAUGUAUGGAGGGAUGCAGAACAACAUGAUGAUGGGUCGCCACCACCACCAGAUGUACAAUUCGGGUUCUUAUCAUCAUCAAAUGGGUAUGGGGUUAGGGAGUCCAAAGGGCAGUUUGGGCAGAUCGGGCAGCAUCGGUGGUGGAAGUGGUGGAGCUUCCACUGUGAAGCCUAGGUAGGUGGUGGCUGAAAUAUUUUUAAAAAAUCAACUUUUUUUUUUCUAGUCUUUUCUAAUAUAUUUUUAAUCAGUCUCAUUAACAUGUGGAAUUUUCAAAUAUAAUUCAACAAUCUUAUUUUGUUUUACUUUGUAAAUAAAUAAUUGUUAAUGAAAUGUGUAAUUAUUUUUCAUGUAAAA